AUGGGGCCCCCGAGCAAUAGGGGAUCAUGGGGCCCCUGUGUCCUUGCACAAACUCAAAAAAGCCUAUGAAAAAGGUACCAGGGGCAUCUCAUGGGGCCCCCUACUGACCCCGGGCCCUCGGGCAGUGCCAGAGUUUCCAAAUGGUCAGUCCGCCCCUGGUUGGGGCUGCUGGGUCUUCUCUCUACAUAGGCUAUGUACAGCACAGUGAUGUCAGCACUACUUUCACAAGGGAACAUUUGGGUUUGCGAUGGCAUUUGGUGUACACAAAGUGGAUUUAUUUUGGUUACUGUCUGUGUCCCCUUUGGGGUGAUUCCAAGCAAUCCCUGUCCCAGUGACA